CACGAUGGGAGAACUUGCAAAGUGGUUUACGAAUACGUUCCCAACCUGAAGGCAUUCGAGCUCAAUCCGUUGUGUAUCUUUACCGCUCAAAAUGUCACAAAAAAUGCGAUAGUUUCCGCAUUUGGCUUUCAGUGGGGCUGCCCACAUUCACGUAUGUCAGUAGAUAUAACCCCCUAUUACUCGGUCAUUCUGCACGUGAACGAAGAGGAGACAAGUGGAGUAUCGGUGACACAUCGGACAAAGUGCAUCGUAAACUCACUAAACUACGAAGCCAACACAACCGUGGACUGCUUGAUGAACGAGUACGGAGGCUACGGUUGGUCUCUACCCGACCCCAACGGUCUUUGCCGGUUGGAAGAAUUUGAGAACAUAAGUAGUGAAUUAAUCGAAAUACUUAGAGAAAGUGUCGUCUUUUGCAGUUACCGCAUGUUUCUCUAUAUCGGUUACCUGAAUUCCCGGAGAAAUGCGAAGAUAGCAUCUGAUGUGGUCGGUGCACUGUCUCAGGAAUGCGAAAAUUCACCCGCAUGGAUCUUCGAUUCAAUGUAUUUUGAUUUCUUACACCUUAUGGACGUGAUACUCUAUACGUAUUGCAAUGACGACCGGUUUGUAGCCCACGCGAAUGAAUCGUUCCCAAUGGUCUUCGAGUUACUUGACUUAUUCGUGGAUAAGCUAAAAAGUUAUUAUGACAUACGGACGGAACGUCUGUUUCACCGCAGUAGGAUGUUUCAUGUACACGCCAUCCCUUGGGAAGAACUCCAAUCUACUCAGAUCACUUGCGGUGAACAGUUUAACAUAACCAUCGUGAAAGCCAUCUUCCCGUUGACAGUUGCUUGCACAGAACACCUUCACGCACUAGCAGAAAACGAUCUCUUUGAAAUGUUUCUAACUGUCGGUUUUCUAAAGAUCCAACCUAAAUCGGAAAAGAAGUUUGAAGUGGUUAUCCGAUACAACCUUCCGGAAUUCCAUCAACCUAGCGAAUAUUUUUGCGCACGCUAUGAAGACACCACACCCCUAACAAAGAGUUCAUUUGGAGGGUGCAGACUGGAAACCGUCCGGAAAUAUACUGUCUCUUGCCGUUGUUUGAGUCCCGGAUAUUACGCGCUGCUUCAGGAUAGGCCUCUAAGCGGGAAUUUCGAAGGAAGAAUAUUGAAUUUUCUGAACAAACCAACGACUCGCGUCGCGCACACUGGAGUUAUUGCUGUGGUGUCAGUCUCCAUUGUGCUGUAUGGCACCGUGCUCUGGUCACGUCGUGCAUUGGAUCUGUACUGCAGGAACCCAAUGCGAAGAGAAAAGGUUUUUCUGGAACUCAAUCUUGGAAUGCAAGUUCUGCUGCUUGCCCGAACCCUAGUACAGCUUCAUGCCAUUUCAGUAAUGUGGAAAAGAAACUGUGUGUUUCCUGGGACGGUUCAACACGUCCUUCAGCAUCUUCUGAAUGUCUUCAACGUACUCGGUGGAACGGUUGUAUUCGUUGCAAACAGAGUGCAUAGAAUACAGAAGAUUAUCUGGAAAAUAUCUCUGGCUGUUUACGCACUAGCUAUCGCCGCAUGCGUUCUGCUCUACCUCUUUCAUGGGACCCAUUACAACCAGCUGAACUGUCUUCCAGAUGACUUCAUGGGUGGCAUGGUCUAUCCAUCAGUUGCCCUCAACAUUCUGGCCUUCGUGUUUCUCUCACUCUUCUGGUGCUCGCGUCCAUAUCGAAAUAUCGACGAAUGGUUUGGCAUUUUGCUAAAUGUGAUAAUAUCAUUAUACCUAUGGGUGCAUUUCGCAGUGAGAAAUGAGUACACGUACUCAUUCCGAAUGCAGGUUGUCCGACUCAUGACUUUGACACUGGCCCAUCCCGGGCUAUCCGCACCAAUGUACGUGAUGUUUUCUUCAAAGGAAGUGAAUAGAACAAACAACAGGUUCAAGAAGCCACGUCGACGCUCCUAUUUGACGUGCAAACAGAAGAGUAAUUGCACUUGGGGCUGGAAUGAUUCGAGUGGUAGAACAGCGCCUCAGUACCCAUGCUUGUUGAGACAUUUUCUUCCUCCUAAUGACGCCUAUCAAGUGUCACUACUUUCGAGUGACCAUUUGACUCUUGGUCAGUCAGCCAAUACCUCCUGUCAUUUCCUAGAAGGAACUGGUGAAACUGACAACUCGCCAACUUUUACAUCAUUCAAAGAUAUAUCGGACUUCUAUCUGGCUCGGCGCCAUCGUCUGUACAGUGUAUCAAUGUUUGAUCAAACCGAGCAUGGUGAUGUGGUACUGGAGUUUAAGCAAAGCUGUCUAUCAGUCCGUUCUGCCAAAAUUAGCGCAAAG